AUGCCGGACCUUAAAUCCGACCUGAAAAGUGAGCUAUCCGGAAAUUUCUGUGAUCUGGUAUUGUUUCUUAUGAUGGAUUAUCACUAUUCGCUGGCAAAAUGUUGCUACAAAGCAAUUUCAGGCGCUGGCACUAAUGAAAGUGUUCUUAUUGAAGUCCUCUGCACUGCAACCAACGAAGAUAUUAUCAAAAUCAAAGAUUCAUAUCUUAAAGGUGAGUAUAUGCCCUUCUGA